AACCAUAAAAUAAACAAUUUUAAAACAUGGGGGAUGAAGACGUUAUACGAAGGAGACUUCUUAUUGAUGGCGAUGGUACAGGGGAUGACCGCCGAUUAAAUGUACUACUGAAGACAUUGAUAAAAUGGUGUAACAAUACUGACGAAAAACUGGAAGAGAGUAAAUCAACUCAUGACAGAAUGCUGGCGCAACUUGCUCAAUGUGAAUUUGCUGUCACAAAAUCUCAGCUGGGUGCCAGCAUGAUGGCUGCCGAAUUAAAAAGUUACGAAUCACUAUCAAAAAUACUAGAAAACGGUAUAGAAGUCGCUAAAAAUAACAUAGAGAAGAGCAAAGCAGAUUUAGCGCAAGCAAAAACUGUGCGUAAAAAUCGCAUUGAAUAUGAUGUCCUUGCAAAAGUAAUAAGUGAACAGCCCGAUAGAAAAGAGACUUUAGAAAGACUUGCCACAUUGAAAAAAGAAUUGAGUAGCUUAGAAGCAUCAAAACAGCAAUUGGAAAGUAGAUUAGCGUUAAGGAAGAAGCAAUUCCAUGUCUUGGUUACUUCAAUACAUCAGCUGCAAGCUAUUCUAGAUGACUCUGAUGAGAUUGAUUGCCUUUCUGAUGAUGUGGACAUGAAAGAUGAAGACGAAAAGACCUCACUAGAGUCACGACGAAGUGGUGUACAAACCCCAGAGACACGUCGCCCUACAGGGUCCGUAACUACAAAUAAUCACCAUUGAUAAACUUAGAUGUAAGGUCCUGAA